CUACUCUGUAAAGUCUUUGCAGUCCAACUCAUUUCUCACCUCCUCCAUCACCGGCAUCUUCCACGCCCAAACCUCGUUCAAUUCCCUCAACCCAAUUACACGAUUCCAUCCUCAAUUCUGCCUAAAUGUCAAACCUAGGCUUCAAUUCAAGCUAUUAAUUCAUUUCUUCUUCUUCUUCUUCUUCUUCUUCUUCUUCUUCUUCUUCUUCUGCUUCCAAUUCAUUUCUCGCUCACAAACAACAUGUCCGUCGCUGAGCUCAAGGAGCGCCACUUGGCCGCUGCGGAAACCGUUAAUUCUCUCAAGGACAGAUUGAAGCAGAAGCGGCUCCUGCUUCUCGACACCGAUGUCGCCGGCUACGCCAGGUCGCAGGGACAAACUCGGGUGAGUUUUGGACCCACUGAUCUUGUUUGUUGCCGGACUCUUCAGGGCCACACCGGAAAGGUGUAUUCGCUGGAUUGGACUCCAGAAAGGAAUCGUAUAGUCAGUGCAUCUCAAGAUGGACGAUUAAUAGUUUGGAAUGCUCUCACAAGCCAGAAGACUCACGCAAUUAAGCUACCUUGUGCAUGGGUAAUGACUUGUGCUUUCUCACCCAGUGGGCAAUCUGUUGCCUGUGGUGGCCUAGAUAGUAUGUGCUCUAUCUUUAAUCUGAACUCUCAAACCGACAAGGAUGGAAAUCUUCCAGUAUCAAGAAUGCUUAGUGGGCACAAGGGUUAUGUAUCAUCAUGCCAGUAUGUUCCAGAUGAGGAUACACACCUUAUAACUGCUUCUGGUGACCAAACAUGUGUCCUAUGGGAUAUUACCACUGGCCUAAGGACGUCCGUGUUUGGAGGUGAAUUCCAGUCUGGGCAUACUGCUGACGUUCUAAGUGUCUCUAUAAAUGGAUCCAACUCUAGAAUGUUCAUAUCUGGCUCCUGUGAUUCAACAGUCCGUCUGUGGGAUACCCGUGUUGCUAGUCGAGCAUCUCGUACUUUUCAUGGCCACGAGGGAGAUGUUAAUUCAGUGAAGUUCUUUCCUGAUGGGUAUAGAUUUGGAACGGGUUCAGAUGAUGGAACUUGCAGAUUGUUUGACAUUAGAACAGGCCACCAGCUACAAGAGUACAAUCAACAACAUGUUGAUAAUGAGGCUCCUCAUGUAACUUCAAUUGCAUUCUCCACUUCUGGCCGUCUCCUCUUUGCUGGAUACACCAACGGAGAUUGCUACGUCUGGGACACUCUAUUGGCCGAGGUUGUAUUGGACUUGGGAAAACUUCAAAAUUCUCACGGUAGUCGGAUCAGCUGUUUGGGACUGUCUGCUGAUGGUAGUGCCCUAUGUACAGGAAGUUGGGACUCAAACCUCAAGAUCUGGGCUUUUGGAGGGCAUAGAAGAGUCAACUGAAGUUGGAGACCGAUUCUUGUGGAAAAUGAGUGUCGUCAUAUCUCCAUCCAAAUUUCUAGAUUUCGUAUGUCCAAGCUAUGGGUUGUGAUACCAUUAUUGGUUGUAUUUUUUUCUUGUAAUCUUUGAGAUGCCUAACAGACAGUUUGAGUAGAUAAAUGAAAAUUUUUAUGCAAUAGUAUUUGAGCUGAAA